AUGCCUGAAAGCAUGGCAGACCAGGAACCAUCCUCUCUACGGCCGCGAUACAAUCCGAUAAUUAAUGUGACCAACUCGAACCCAGUGCUAGUAGAGGAACACCUCCAGGACAAAAAGCACCUCUUCCUCAGCCGCCCUCUCUUCGGAGCUCUCUUAUUCGAGAACGUCGCCUCCGAUGCUCGAGAUCACUGCGCAAAUGAACGGACAUUCCUCUCCUGGCUCCGGCUAUCCAUGUACCUCGCCGUUGUCUCGAUAGCGAUCAUCAUUUCGUUCCACUUCCGCUCUCAACCAACGGGUCUUGAACGCCGACUGGCCCUUCCGCUGGGAGUUAUCUUCUGGGUUCUGAGUCUGACUUGUCUUGUGAACGGGUUCGGGAACUAUAUCCAGACGGUGGUGAAAUAUAGUCGCAAGGUGGCCCUGGUGCAGAGUGGGUGGAGAACGCAGCUGACUUUUACUGUGGUUGGAGUGGUGAUUUUCGCCUGCUGUAUCUUGUUUAUUGUCACAGGAGCGGAGAGUCGACGUUAG